CUGAUCCUCAGAUCCAACCUAGUUAAUUUUAGUCUCAGUCUCUUUGUAGGUUCUGCUGCAUUUAAGGUUUUAAUAUUUUUUAAGGCUUCACUUGUUGAUUAUUUUAUUUUAAAUGGGUCCCAAAAAGGCUGCUGCAGAAGUGAGCUCUCCUCCCAGCACAGGGGCGGAGGACCAGCUGAUGGAGGAGCAGAAAGAAGACAGCCCUGUGGUGGGGACCAAGGCAGUGAGGAAGGCGUCUCCUCACCCGACCACGAUGGAGAUGCUGAAGGAGGCCCUGAUGGAGCUCGACCAGCGUAAGGGUGUGUCUGCUCAGGCCAUCCGCGCCUUCAUCAAGGAGAAAUACACGACUGUGGACGAGACGAGGCUGAAGACGAUGGUGCGCAAAGCUCUGGUUAAAGGUAUCGACUCUGGAGUGUUUGUGAGACCUGCAAACUCCGCCACGACAACCGGGGCUCAGGGUCGCUUUAGGCUUGCUGUUCGUAAACCAGCGAAGAGCAAAGAGGCUAAAGAGAACGCGAACCCCAACGUCAGCAAGGCCAAGGAACCGAAAGUUAAGAUGGGGGAUGUGAAGACUAAGAAAACAAAGUCUGCAGCUGUGGAGGGAGACAAGCCCAAGAAAACCAAGAAGAACGAUGUCUCUGCUUCCAAAGUGGCUCCUGCAAAGAAGCCCAAAGCCAAGCGAGCCGCUGGAGAGACCAGUGAGGGAGAGUCAGAACCUAAAACCCAAAAGAAAUCCAAAGCAUCAAAGGGUGAGGGUGCAGAAAAAUCUGGUGCCAAGAAAGGAGGAAGGAAAGCGGCUCAGAAGGCUGAGGGAGACGUUAGUCCGGCGUCGGAGGGAGAGCAGACGGAGGUGCAGGAAGGUGGAGCAGAGUCUGUGGCUCCUGUGCAGAAAAGGGGAGGAAAGAAAGCGGGUCAGAAAGCAGAGGAUGGACAGCAGAACGGCACCAAGUCAUCGGGGAAGAAGGGCAAGAAGGCAGCGGAGAAAUAGUUUUUAUAUUUGCACUUUGUUUAUUUUUGUCUAAUAAAGCCUUUUGUACUUUA